AUGCCAACAGUAGAAGAAUUAAAGGAAACUCGUAAACAAACGAAAUCGGCAGUAACGCGUUUUGAAUCAUUUCUAGACAAAUUUGAGGCAAAUAACAUCAAUUAUCUACUGUUGGAAGAACGAUUAAUAAAUUAUAAGCCAUUAUUAAAACAGUUUGAGGAAGUACAAUCAAAAAUUGAAAUUUUACGUCAAUCUGACGAAGAAGCAGAUGUUCGUGAAGCAUUUGAAGAUAGGUAUUAUGAAUUAUUAGUUAGAGCACGAAAAAUUAUUGAACUAAAAACAAAACCCGGUGCACGAACUCCGGAGACCGAAGCUCCUAAUCAAACGCAAAAUUCUAGUAAUAUCGCCGUACAGUUACCGAUAAUUAAUCUGCCUAAAUUCAGCGGCGAAUAUACAGAGUGGACGACAUUUUACGACAGUUUCAUUUCUCUUAUUCACGAAAAUAGUAGUCUUUCUAAUAUUCAAAAAUUCCACUAUCUAAAGGGUUGCCUGUUAGGAGAUGCAAAACGUACCAUAGAUUUAUUACCGAUUUCGGCCGAAAGUUACCAAUCCGCAUGGAACCUUUUAACUGACCGUUACAAAAAUAAAAGACUUAUUGUACAAAACCAUAUUCACGCGAUUUUUAAUCUACAACCAAUGAACAAGUCACCCAGUUCCUUAAGGGAAUUAUUAGACGGUAUAAGUACGCACUUAGCGGCUUUAACAACACAAAAUGUGGACGUAACGUCAUGGGAUGUCUUAUUAAUAUAUCUAACAACAACAAAAUUUGAUUUUUUAACUAAACGCGAAUGGGAGUCACGUUUAAAGGCCAACGAAUUACCGACGUGGAAACAAAUGGUCGAAUUUUUAAAACAACGAUGUUUAACACUAGAAUCAAUGGAAUUCAAUUUAAGUAACCAUAACGUGAACUCUGCACCUUUAAAGAAAACACAGAAUGCAGAAGUUCCUGUAAGGAAAAACUAUCAAUUUGUUAAUAAUCAAAAUACAAUCGCGUGCGUUAUGUGUAAAGGCCAUCACAAUUUAUUCCACUGUCCCAAAUUCCUCGAACUCAGCAUAAACGAGCGCAUUGAGCACGUUAAAAGAUGGAAAAUAUGCUUCAAUUGUUUAAAAGGUGGUCAUGAUUCAAGAACUUGCCGGUCUAUGACGUGCAAGAUAUGUUCAAACCGACACAAUUCGUUACUACAUCAAUCAAGAGGUCCAAAUUAUAAUAAUCAGAGUCAGACUGCAAACCUUAGCAUAAACAAUUAUCAAUUAAAUUCUAAUGUUCAAGUAAUUUUGUCAACAGCAUUGGUUCAGUGUUCAGACUCAAAUGGAAAGGUUUACACCUGUAGAGCGUUGCUUGAUCAAGGAUCGCAACAACAUUUAAUUACGGAAGAAAUGUGUAAAAGAUUAAACUUAACUACAAAAUCUGUGCAUGCAGGCAUAAGUUCGGUUUGUGGUAGUUACAAUGAAAUUAAACAUUCUACUACGCUUCACUUUAAAUCAUUGCACGAUAAUUAUACCGAAAAAAUUGCAUGUUUGGUAGUCCCCAAUAUAAAUCGAAAUUAUCCCAUAGAUACGUUCGACAAAUCCGAGAUUCCGGUUCCCCAAAAUUUAAAUUUAGCAGAUCCUAAUUACAACAUUUCAAGUCCUAUUGAUAUUUUAAUUGGCGCGGCUUUGUUUUGGGAACUACUUCGAGACGGACGGAUGAAAUUGUCGAACGAACAGACUUUUCUUCAUAACACAUGUUUGGGGUGGAUAUUGGGUGGACCAUUUACAGCGGCAGCAAUCCAGAUUAAUAGUAUAUUUUGCGGUAAUUUAAACACCUGUGCAUUAGAACAUUUAGACAAACAAGUAACAAAAUUUUGGGAGGUCGAAAAUUAUGACAACCGUAUCGAAAACUUAAGUUCUGAAGAUCAGUUGUGCGAAAAUUUAUUCGUAAAACAACACAGCAGAGAUCCCAAUGGGAAAUUUAUUGUGCGCUUACCAUUCAAGGCAAAUCCUCCCAAUUUAGGUUCUACAAAGGAAAUAGCGUACAAGCGAUUUAGGUCUCUCGAAAAGAAAUUUGAAAACAAUUAUGAAUUUAGGAAUCAAUAUUGCACUUUCAUGGCCGAUUACAUUGCACUUAAUCAUAUGCAACUGGCAACAGAUCAAAAUAUUCACGAAGGUUGUUUCCUGCCGCAUCACGGUGUGAUUAAGGAUUCGAGCCUAACGACAAAAGUACGAGCCGUUUUUGAUGCCAGCACAAAGUCGUCAUCCGGAUUUAGUCUCAAUGAUUAUCUACUACCGGGACAAAAUCUUCAAACCGAUAUAUUUUCAUUAUUGGUGAGGUCCAGACAAUACCAGUUUGUGCUAUCUGCUGAUAUUGUAAAAAUGUUUCGGCAAAUUUGGGUGGCACCAGACGACUGGAAAUAUCAAAAAGUUUUAUGGCGUUCAAAUCUAGACGAACCCAUACGGAUAUAUUGCUUGAAAACAGUGUCAUAUGGCAUGGCUUGUGCGCCUUAUUUAGCCAUGCGAUGUUUGCGACAAUUAGCAGUAGAAACCGCGGACUCUUAUCCACACGCUAGUAGGGUCAUUUUGGAAGACUUUUACAUGGAUGAUCUUCUAACGGGUACAAAUGACGAAACCGAAGCAAUCACACUUCGCGAUAAUUUAAUAAAUAUUUUAGGUAGUGGCGGUUUCGAAAUCACAAAGUGGGCUUCUAAUAAUGACGCUCUUCUGCCACAGUGUCACAGUGACAACACUGCACUCGUGCGUUUAGAUGAAAAUAUGCAAACAAAAACGUUAGGCCUAAGUUGGGAUUGUGCGAAUGAUAAUUUAAAAUAUGACUUCAAACUACAACAUCCAAUUAAAAUUACUAAACGAUCCGUUCUAAGCACAAUAGCCACGGUGUAUGACCCCAUAGGCAUCUUAGGUCCUGUCCUAGUGUCAGCAAAAUUAAUAUUACAAAAAUUAUGGCAAUUACAAUCCGACUGGGAUGACGAAUUGCCACCUGAACUAAGUAAACAAUUUGAGCACUUUCUCGCUGAACUACAGCAUGUAAAUGAAAUUCAAAUUCCUCGGAAGGUAGUUGCAGAUUAUCCGUAUCAAAAAAUACAAAUUCACGGAUUUAGCGACGCGAGUACAAAGGCCUACGGGGCGGCAGUUUAUAUAAGAACGACUGAUAUAUCAAAUUCGCAUACUGUGAAACUUCUUUGUUCGAAGACACGAGUUGCUCCAAUUAAACAAAUUACCCUACCUAGGUUAGAAUUAUGCGCCGCUACUUUACUUGCCAAAUUAAUGUCUAAAGUCAAAAAUGCGAUGAAAAUUAAUUUUGACGACUGUUACUUAUGGAGCGAUUCAACAAUUGCAUUAUCUUGGAUAGCGGCAUCACCAAAUCGUUGGCAAACAUUUGUUGCUAACCGUGUGUCAGAAAUUCAAACUCUUACUAAUAAUUGUAAAUGGCGUCAUGUAAUCAGCAACGAAAAUCCCGCAGAUAUAAUUUCAAGAGGAAUGGACCCAAUUUGGAAGUUCGCCAAAGAGCGCGAAAGCACGACGUAUCUGAAUCACAACUGCUGGAUAUUUGCUAAGUAUAGGAGUAGAAACGUGGUGACCACCUCUACAAGCCAUCGGCUUUGCGGCAUUACACGUGUGACGUCACCGUCUACCAUGAAACGACCAUCGCGUUUGCCUCUAGUUAUGGUCACUUUAGUGCCAAAAACGCACCAGACGCAUUUAUUUUCUCCGCAGCAGAAAUUUCCGGUGCGGCUAGGCAACCCACCAUACACCACUGCAGGAAUCGACGCCGUUAUUAUAAUGCGGAUUGUCAGGGAAUGCGAGCUUAAAGUUCGUCUAAUGAAAUCUAAAUUUCCCGGAAAAGCUCUGGAUGUCACAGCUGGCGUUGCGUAUGCUGAGAUAUGUGAAAGUUGGGGUUUGAUUACGUCAUGGUGGUUCGGGGGUGUUUUUUGA